CAGCUGUCAUUAGUAAUCAAGUCGUCUUUCUUGUUGGUUGUUUGUCAAAGCGCUCGCAGUUGAAAAAUUAAAUUAUCCCAAAUUGUUGUAUAAAGCAUUUUUAUUAAUAUAUAAAUGGCGGCCAAAACGUACACUUUAGAAAUUGUUAAACAGCACAAUAAACCAGAUGAUCUUUGGAUAAUAAUCGAAGGAAAAGUGUAUGAUGUGACUAAAUUUCGAAACGAGCAUCCCGGAGGCGAAGAAACAUUAGACGAAGUAGGUGGCCGUGACGCCACACGGGAUUUUCAGGAUGUUGGACAUAGUCAAGAAGCGAAGCAAAUGCUUAAAAAGUAUUACAUAGGCGAUCUCGAGGUCGACAAAACGUGUAAAUUGCCAGUAAGCACUACACCAACGCCAUCAUUGCCACUACAAUUACCACCAACAACAACACAAUCAUCGGCUAAUAUAGUAAACCCAGAAGCCGCUAACACUAUCAUUGCUGAUAAAGAUGUUGCUCCACCAGGCAAUCAGUGUUGUGUACUUGCUUAAAACCCAAUGCAAUGUUAAAAUUUAUAUAUUUUUAAACAUAUUUUCCAAAGGCUCAAAUAUCUAUCUAUGUGAUUGUUAAUUUAUACAAAUCUUUCUAAAAAAAAUUACGCUUAAUUCGUGUUGUGCAAAAUAUUACUUUAUGAAAAUAGACCUAACCUAUAAAAUUGUUUCCCCUCCAACUCAAAAUAGACAUAUAUGCUGUGCAGUUGGCGCGUUCACUACUGGACUACUCUUCGUUAUAAUCAUAAGGAAACUUUUAGCCAGCAAAUGAAAAUGUUCAGAUAUCGUUAUAUUGGUACGAUAUGGUUGCGACCCUCGUCGGAAAUAUAAUCAAAAUGUAAACGGAACUGCUAUACAAGAUGCCUCAGUGUACUCAUCAUUUCCAAAAUUUAAGAUAAUACAAGUUAACUGUAAAUUAAACUGCAUAUUUGAGUUAUAACUUUUUAUAAGUACAGUUAUAUUAUAUGUACAUAUGUAUGUAUGUGUUAUACGAAGUGUACGAAAUAUGAACGUAGACAACGUAAAAUAAAUGUUUUUAAAGUAAAAUAUGAAUUUCCCUGUGACAAAUUGUUUCCGCCAAAAAACCGAACAGGAAAGACAAGUGUCAAACAAAAAUCAAAUAUUUUGGCGGCUGUCAGUGGUGAAAAUGAUAAAAUGGUGAAACGUAGUUGUUUAAAUAGUUUAAUGAAAUAAAUUCAUAAAAUUAUAGAAAA